AUGGCAGUGUUUUGCACAUUCAGGCUUGUUUGUGACUUCUCGAAUUGAUCUUAGGUUUCUUUACAAAAUUCAAAUAUAGUCGAAAAAUGGCCACUGCCCAAAUCAGUCUAAUCACAAUCACAACCAUAUUGAUUUUCUCCUCGCAUUUUUCAACUGCAACCAAGACUGGAAUUCCCUCUAGGCCUUUCAAGAAAGUGUAUGCUUUUGGUGAUUCAUACACAGACACGGGCAAUACAUAUUCAUCCACUGGUCCUAGUUCAUUCACUUAUGUAUCAAACCCUCCAUAUGGCACCACAUUCUUCCACCACCCCACCAACCGAUACUCCGAUGGACGGCUCAUGAUCGACUUCGUGGUUCAGGCUCUUUCGUUGCCGUUCUUACCUCCAUACCGGGACCCAAAAUCCGAUAAAUCUUAUGGUGUCAACUUUGCUGUUGCUGGAUCCACUGCUAUACUACAUAGUUUCUUUGUGAAAAACAACAUUACACUCGAUAUUACUCCUCAGUCACUCCAAACUCAACUCAUUUGGUUCAACAAGUUCUUGGAAAGUAAAGGGUGUAAUGGUUCAACAAGAAGCCAAGAGUGCAAGGAAGCGUUAACUGAUGCACUGUUUUGGGUGGGUGAAAUUGGAGCAAAUGACUAUGCUUAUACCAGCUUUGGAAGUUCUGUCUCCCGUACAACUAUUCAAAAGCUUGCCAUCUAUAGCGUUACCAGUUUUCUUCAGGCAUUGCUGAAUAAGGGUGCAAAAUACAUUAUUGUUCAAGGCCUGCCACCUACAGGGUGCCUAACACUGUCCAUGUCACUGGCUCCUACAGAUGACAGAGAUGAUAUGGGGUGUGUUGGAAGUUUAAACAAGCAAAGUUACCUUCACAACACAAUCUUCCAAGCCAAGUUGAAUGAUCUCAGAAAAAAGUUCCCACAAGCAGUUAUUGUUUAUGCAGACUUCUGGAAUGCUUACGCGAAUAUCGUAAAAAGUGCAAAGAACUAUCGCUUCAGGGAGCUUUUCAAAGUCUGCUGUGGGUCGGGUGGUGGAACGUACAACUUUGACGCCUCCAGUACAUGCGGCUCGCCAGCGUCGACUGCCUGCACCAACCCUUCUCAGUACAUUAAUUGGGAUGGAGUUCAUCUUACUGAAGCCAUGUACAAAGUGUUGGCACACUCAUUUCUCAAUGGGACAUUUUGUCAUCCAACUUUUGGUUAUUUACUAGAGAAGAAACUACAAUCAGGCUGAUUAUGGAUUCUCCGUAGAAUGGCUCAAAUAAUGGCGUCAGUAACUAAUAGUAUUAUAUUGUGAUGCUUUAUGAGAUUGUUGUGUUUAGAGUAGUAACAGUUUUUAAAUAAUUCUCUUUACCUCGUGUCUGUUGCAAAGUAUUUGAUUUUGAAAUGCUGAAAUUCCUUUACUAGUCGA